AUGGAGAAGAAGAGGAAGAAGAAGGGACGUCCUUCCCUUCUGGAUCUGCAGAGGCGGAGCCUACGCCUCCAGAAGCAGCUGCUGCAGCAGGAACAUCAGGAAAAUAAGGGAAACGCUAACCCUAGCCCCAGUCCGUACCUUCGUUUCCACAGCUCCAACCCAAGCCACGGGACCUCGGAUGGGAGCCCUUUCCACGGGGUAGAUGGAGGACGGGGCGAGGAAGACGAGGAGUCCAGCGGGCAAGGCCGGGAGAAGAAACUGAAGCUUGUCCUCCGGUUGCACGAGAAUGACGACGGCGACAGCAGGGCCGGCGAUUCUCGGGCAAAAAAUUCGCACUCGGAUGGGUCCGCGUCGGAAUCAAACGUCGAGGGUGAAGCGUCUCGGAAGAAGAGGAAGAUCGAUGCUGUUCGUGGCGAUGAGUCUCUUCGAGAGAAGGUGAAUCACGCCGCUUUGCCCCCGAUUUCUGGUGGCUCCCCGAUUCCUGGGCUGUGUUGUAUGCGGAUCCACUUCUCCUUUUUACCCCGGAGGUGAUCUGGUGCAGGAUCGAGGCGGUUCAAUCUGUAAGAAUACAGUUGGGCGCCGUUAUCUCAUUUGACCAUUUUUUCGUCGUAGAUUUUGAAGGCGGAGAAAUCGCUGACUGGGCUGGGUCAACAUCCAAUGAUUUGUGUGGGAAUUUUUCUGGAUUUGUACCCUUUUUCGGCUUUUAUUGCCAGAAAAGCUGGACUGUUCCUCUGCAAAGAUUCGCUUGUCCUUUUCUCUCUCUUUUUCUCUCCGAUUUUCUUUCUCGGAAAUUCCUCCCUUCUCUGUUCUUUAAGUCUCCGAUUAUUCCACUCUGGGGCAUGUUCCCGUUCCUCGCACUAUGUUCUCGUCAAGCUUUCUCACUUUUCUACAGUCUGUACUCGGCGGACUUAUCUAGAUUUCUUUCUUCUUUAACCGUUGCAGACAGGAAGACAGAACCCUUCCUCGAAAGCGACAGAUCGCCUGCACGGUAUGCUCCGGAUGCAUUUAUUUCUCCAAACCCAACAGGAACCACGUAGUCUCAGAAAUCCGGAAAGGUUUCCAAUAUUUUCAUGUUUCUCUCUGAACAGAGGGGGCGUCAGAUUCUGGGCCCACGACUCCUCUGCCGGACGAGAUGCUGUUGGUGUUCGUCCUCGACAGGCUGCAAAAGUGAGUGACAGUUGUUCAUUUCAGUGUCUUGUUGAUCCUUCUAUCUUAUUUUUCAAUGUUUCUGUUUUCGCGCAUUUAUUUUCUUUCGUUUCAUUUCGUAACCUACACUGUCACUGAUGAGGCUUUCACUACGUGCAACAGGAAAGAUACUUACGGCGUGUUCUCUGAGCCUGUGGAUCCCAGUGAAGUAAGCGAGUCUUUUGUAACGGCGAGAGCGCUAGAAAAAAACAGUUUCUGUUGUUGUGCUGAAGUUUUUCAUGUGUUGUUCGUCUGUUUGUGCAGCUUCCUGACUACCAUGAAAUCAUAGCACACCCGAUGGAUUUUAGUACUGUGAGAAAGAGGCUUUCAGAUGGAUACUAUGCAAAUCUGGAAAUGUUUGAGGUUAGUAAGCCAGUGCUUUAAGAGAUCUGGGCAUGACAUUGACGUCUAGAGUCACAGUUUCCUUUUUGCUGAUUAUUUCUGUUUGCUCAGUUUGAUAGACGGCUUGUUUAAGGAUGGCUUGUGGUCUAGGCUGCUUAUAAUGUAUUCCUAUCUCGUCAAGUCUAGAUUUAUCCUAAAGUCAUUUAGAACUCUAUUAUUUAUUGCAUUUUUUUACCGACUUACUAUAGAAAUCGGAAGAAAUAGCAGAGGUGAAUGCGGUUUUUAUGGGGAAAGGGACGAUAUUAUCAAAUAAUUGAAUUUAUAUCUUGUCGUUCUGUAAGCAAUUUUCAAUCUCUGGAGUGAAAUAUCUCGGUAAUUGUCUGAUGGGAAUUUCGAUUUGUUUGUUUUGUUUUUUAUGUCCUCCUGAGAUUGUGGUGUCCUCUAAUUUCAAUGUCGAUAAAUUUGUGCUGAAUUUCUAUAUUCAGUUUUAUUACAAGCAUGGUGUUCGAAACGAAGAUAAUAGCCAUGAAUGGGUGUCUUCAUAUUUUCAAUGUAAAGUGUUCCUCAAGCCCUUCUAAAUAGGAAUCGGCAAAAGCUUAAAUGUGACGAUUUCAGAGCAGACUUCUAGAGAAUGGGAAAUGUUGCUUACAGAAGGUGAUAACGCGAUGCUUCGUGGGGGUGAGGUGAACUAUUUAGAGGAAAGAUAAAAGGAGGAUUUUCUAUUUAGUGCCGACGAUUUUAGCUUGCCAUUUCUCUGCGAAUGGCAUUGUAGCUGGAGGUGGUCUCGUGAAGAUAUUGAAAGAGAGGAUGAGAACUGAAGAGAACACAAGGAAAUGGAGGUGAUGAUAUAAUAAUAAUAGUAUAGUUUAGGGAUUUUGUGGGAAUUUAACCAAGGACCUCUUUUAAUCUGGCUUGUAGACAAGAUUCCUCAAGGAAGUGUGACGGCCUCUGCGAGUAUUUACAUGACUCCGGGAAAUAAGAAUAAUAUCAAUUAUUUUCCAAAAAUAUCUGUGUUGAUGAUGAUACUCUUGCGGGGUUGUUUAAUGUGAAACGGACCUGGUAGUGAUAGAGAGCUUUGUCUAUUGACUAUUGUGGAGUUGGGUCAAUCUUCUCAGUUCUUAGUCGUUCCAAUCCUUCUUUGAUGCGACUGACAAUUUGCUGGGCCAUGAUCAAAACUUUUCGAAAGAAUUUGGUUUUUUAGGCAGGAACAGAACCAAGCUGCUAUUUUCUGUGUCAGUUUUCAGUGUCUUAGGCUGUCAUAUUAUCAAGCCUGGCGGCAUAGGCUGAGGUCUGCCAUAAUGUGCUAUUUAGUCAUGGUUGGUUCCCUAACUGGCAGGGGAACCUGCAAGCAUGGGAAAUUCCUAACAUGUUGGGUUCUUAAGUAAAUUUCUGGGGUUAACACAGAAUGAAUCUGCGAUAGUGUUAAACGUGCUGGUGGGAGCGUGAUGUCUAGGUUCUGCUUGAAGUUGGUCCAUCCCUUCUCUAAAGAUGGAUGGAUCCAGGAUCCUAUAAUGGAACGGGGUGUGAGUGAGGAACCGCGCUUCUCUUUGAGGUCAAGUUUUUGGAAUGACGGAUUAAGGGUAGUGUACCGGCUGGUAGGAAGCUCCUUCAUGAUAUAAUGGAAUCCAAAGUGGUCUUUCCAACACGGGGAAUUCAUGCAUUGGACGAAGCUGUAUAUUCAAUGUGAUGAUGGUGUGCAUGACUCUGGAUCUCCAAUUAGUCCACAGAGAAUCAUCAUUAUCUUGCUGGUGGAUACUCCCGAUUUUCAGAAAAUAUAGUACUUGAGUUCCGUGGGGAAGGCUCCUUUUUGUGGUUGAUAUGGAUGAUCUCCUUCUUCCCUGUUAUAGAAGCUGAAAUUAUACAGUUAAUCUUUGUGGAAAUACUUAGAUGGUCCAGCCUAUCCUUCUGAGUUUUUGCGCGUUAAGUGGUAGAUUAACUAUCUUUUCUUUUUUAGAUUAUUCGUAACUGGUGUGGGUUACUUGGCAAUGUAACGCAACACUGGAAUCUCCUUUCAAUAUUUUCCUCGUCUAAGCACCAUCACUGUAGAGGACUUGAGUCGUUUUCUCUGUGGAUGCAACGGAGAGCUGCUAGGUGCACUGCCCAACUGCGAUAGUCAAGAAUUGUGCCUGGGCUUUUAUUUCUUAGUGAUCAUCCCCACAUACGUGGAUGGAUAUCAUCAAAGGCCGGGGGAACAUGCGGCAGUCAUGGAAUCUCUGAUUUCCCACGUUACGAUUCUUUAAAUUUCCCUGGAGGAUCAAGCUUUGUGGAUAUAAGCGAUUUCUUUCACUGGAUUAUCUUUGCUGCUACACUGCUGAGAGGGCCUUCUGUGGGCCCGAGAUGACUGAUUUGUGUCAAAAAAUGCGAAAAAGAUGGAAUUGUUGGGUUCUUCAUCAUCAUGUGCGUACCUAAAAUCAAUAACCCAAUUGAACGUCAUAUGAAUAUGUAAUUCUGAAAUCACAUUUGGAUGUAAUUUCUGUCCAGUGUAUGAUAAUUUUGAUUUUCGCUGCCAUUAAAGGCCGGCUUGGCCGUGUUUAGACCUAAAAUUCUGAGCUUCCUCGAGUCUAGUGCAGCUGUGUGCCAUUCUCAAGCAUAGAAUGCAUUAUGCUGUCCUAUAAUGCUAACUUUUCCUCAUAACAUGUGACUGCGCAGAAAUACAUGAUAUGUGAUGAGGGAGGUUGUCGUAACUUUACCUCUGUGGAUUAACUUUGGUCUUGAUUUGCAUGCAGGCUGAUGUGUUCUUAAUCUGCUCUAAUGCUAUGCGCUAUAAUGCUCCAGAUACCAUUUACUUUCGACAGGUUACUGCUAAACCUUGAAUCACUGGUCAUUUCCUACCUCAAUGUGCUUGUGAGAAACUCCCUAACCAUUUUUUUUCUCAUACUUUCCCUCAGGCUCGAUCAAUCCAAGAACUGGCGAGGAAGGACUUUGAAAACCUAAGACAGGAAAGCAGUGAUGAUAGCGAACCCGAAACCAAGAGUACCAAGAGAGGUAGACCGCCCAGCAAGAAUGGAACUAAGAAGGCAGGAGGGAGACCUGCUGAGCGCUCCUUUUAUGACCUCUCUCGUGGUGUGACCCUUACUGAUGGAGGAGACUCUUCUCAUGAUUUAGCGAAGAAUGGUCAUGGCCUGAAGGGUGGCGACUGGAUGACUGAGAGGCUCGACAGAAACGGUGAUUCAGGUCUCGUGGAGUGAUUAUUUCCUGAUAUGAUAUUUCCGGUCAGAUUUUUUUUCCUUGAUCUGAAGAAAUCAUCGGCUUUGCAGGUUCUGUGAAGGGGGCUCUGAUGAGGCCCGGGAAGAAAGUUCCUGUUUUGGACGAGAAUAGACGCCACACAUACGAGCCUCCCCAGCUUUACCCAUCUGUGCUGGCCACCUUCGAUGGGGAGAAGAGGCAGUUGGUUCCUGUCAGUUCACUGUUUCUUUAUUCCUGAAUUAAUUUAUGGACGUUGUUGUGCCGUCUGCUAAGUUAGGAUCAAUUUCAUGCCGUUUUUAUUUUUUAAUAAAUAAUGAAGUUGCCUUCUGAUUCUCGCCCCAGGUUGAGAUUCGCAUCGAGCACGCGUACGCCAGGAGCCUCGCUCGUUUUGCUGCAAAUCUCGGGCCUGCUGGUUGGGAGAUCGCCGCCAGGCAGAUCGCGAAGGUGCUACCUCUGGGAACCAAGUUCGGCCGAGGAUGGGUCGGCGAACAGGAUGCGCCGCAGCGCCACCAGCAGCCGCAUGCGGCCCCAUGGCCGGAACCUCCGACAGAUGCUGCAGAGUGUUCUCCGCCGGCUAGCGUUAGCCCGGCCGGCACGCGGCCGAGGCAGCCUCCUUUCCACGGCAUGAAUGGUCUCAUCAACAACGCCGCGCUCGGCUUCAGUCUCUUGCAAGCUGGGAAGACGACGAGACCUGCCGGGCCGACGGCGGGCGCCCCUGCAGUGUCGCCGCCCGGCGCGGUCCAUCCGGCGCUUGCAGCUGGUGCCCGCGGAGAACCGGAGAGGGCGCGGCUCGACUGGUCAAGCCCUUCGAACGCCGUCGGCCUCUCGACCACCUCGCAGCGGGCAUCGUCGCUACUUCAGAAGCCGGGUUCAGCCCCACCGGACCUGAACGUCAGGUUCCAGUCGGCCGGCUGGCCUCCGGCGGCAGCGCUUGAUGGACAGCCCCCGGAUCUAGCUUUGCAACUUUAG